AUGGCUCAGAUCUCGACAACUAUUGUCCGGCCAACAAGCCAUGAUCACUUAAAGCAGAGAUUAAUUGAAGUCAGAACAGAGCAACAGCUUGAUACAACACCUAAAAGCCACUCUUCCCAGACCUUUAAUAUCUUCUACCCGCUUGCUGGCCGCCUAGCCGCUGUUGAAAGCCAAGAUAAAGCCGGUACUUGUUUUUCCAUCAACUGUAACGGUGAUGGAGCUCUUUUUGUUCAUGCAGCUGCUGAUGGUAUCAUGGUGGCCGAUAUCCUUGACCCUGUUUUAUAUUCCAGAUGA